GGAGGCAGCGAAGCCGAAAAGCAUUUGAAUGGCUCAGCGAGGAACAGGAAGGAUUGAUUGAUUGAUAUUGUUACCUUGUUUUGGUGACCUGCGAUGGCAGUUGAGUAGAGUUUCGAUCGACAACCACCGCCGGUCAUGGAGAAGAAGGGCGCCGUGACCGUGCUGAUGAACCGGUACGAGCUGGGGAGGCUGCUGGGGCAAGGCACGUUCGCGAAGGUGUACCAGGCGAGGAACCUUGCCACCGGCGCCAUCGUUGCCAUCAAGGUCAUCGACAAGGAGAAGGUGCUCCGGGUGGGGAUGAUCGACCAGAUCAAGCGCGAGAUUUCGGUGAUGCGCCUCGUCCACCACCCCAACAUCGUCGAGCUCUACGAGGUGAUGGCGACGCGCAGCAAGAUCUACUUUGCGAUGGAGUACGUCCGCGGUGGCGAGCUUUUCAGUAAGGUGGCCAAGGGGCGGCUAAAGGAGGACGCCGCCCGGAAGUACUUCCACCAGCUGAUCGCCGCCGUGGACUUCUGUCACAGCCGCGGCGUCUACCACCGGGACCUCAAGCCGGAGAACCUGCUGCUGGACGAGAAGGGCGACCUUAAAGUAUCCGACUUUGGCCUCAGCGCGCUCGGCGCCUCCCGCGGCCGGGACGGGCUUCUCCACACCACCUGCGGCACGCCGGCGUAUGUCGCGCCGGAGAUCAUCAGCAAGAAAGGAUACGACGGCGCCAAGGCCGACAUUUGGUCCUGCGGUGUCAUCCUCUUCGUGCUUCUUGCAGGGUACCUCCCCUUCCACGAUUCGAAUCUGAUGGAGAUGUAUCGAAAGAUCAGCCGCGGCGACUUCCGGUGUCCCUAUUGGUUCCCUUCCGACGUGAAGAAGCUACUGCUCCGCCUUCUGGAGCCAAAUCCCGCCGUUCGGAUCACCGUCGCCAAGCUCAUUGAGAACCCCUGGUUCAGGAAGGGAUAUUACAAGGCGAUCAACCAGCACCAGGCACAGAUGAAGCGGGACGAGAGCCUGGGCGACGUCCGCCGGGCGUUUGCCGACGAGGAAGGGCAGGAAUCGGAGGACGAUAGCAAAAGGCAGUCUUUUUCGGGGGAGCCAUCGAGGACGACGUCGCCGGUGAGGCCGGAGCGGCUGAACGCGUUCGACCUGAUCGCACGGUCGCCGUCGUUCGACCUGUCAGGGCUGUUCGAGGAGGACUCGAAUCAUGGUCCACGGGCCUCGGAGGCGCGUUUCACGACGCAGAAGACGACGGAGGCGAUCGUGUCAAAGCUGGAGGAGAUCGCACGGACGGAGCGUUUCCGGGUGCGGAAGGAGAAGGAGGGAGUGGUGAAGCUGGAAGGCAGCCGGGAGGGGCGGAAGGGGCAGCUCGCGGUGGAGGCCGAGAUCUUCGAGCUUACGCCGGCGCUGUACGUGGUAGAGCUCAAGAAAUCGGCCGGUGACACGCUGGAGUACCAGAGGUUCUACAACCAGGGGAUGAAGCCGUCGCUCAAAGACAUCGUGUGGAAGUGGCAGCUGGGGGAGCAGUAGCCACCGCUGCCAGCUCUUCCGGCGCCGUAGCUGCAGUCGCCGACGGAUGCAACGAACGCACGAAUGACCCCACCUCCCUUCAAUUCCCAUGUGCCCCUCUUCCCUUGUACUGCACGUCACCAAACAUCCAGCGGAGUUUGGAGCCCUUCUACAACUGCCAUCAAUCCAAUUACCACAAUAAAUUAUGUGUGUGUUGUCAGUCUUAUUUAGAACAUCUUCUGAAUGUAUGCGAUAGAUCUCUGUACAAUUGUUUCAAAAUGAGCAAGAUUGCAAUUUUAUUUUUUAAGAUGCAACUGAGAAUAUUGUGUACUAGUAAGAAAUCUAAGGAAAACUGAAGCUACAGAAAAAAGAACAGCAGUGGAACACAAUUACAAGAAAUAGAUUUGCAGAAGCGUGAUCAUAUUUUACAGGAUAUUAGCUGAAAAAACAGGUCUUCAGAUCUUGCACAAUGAAUAAACUUCAGUUUAUCAGUGCAAGAGAACAACGAUUUAUGAUGUCAAAUAAAACUCAGAGGUUAGGACCGAAUCAGUUUGGACUUGAGGCAUAGGAAUCAUCAGCAAAUUCAGUAUCACUGAUAGCUGAAAUCUAAGUAAUAAGAAGAUUUGGAUGAAAAUAAGAGGUGGAAUCUCA